CCUGCAUACUGCCGCUUUUCACCGCACCCCGCAGUCCCACUUAAAUGGUUAGUGUAAUGCGGGCAGUGGCGGCCCGCAACACAAAUAGCGAGGCUGGGCCAAGGUCAUCCUCCUCUUAGCCUCCGCAUCCUCGAACAUACACAUUAAGAGGUGGCCAUCCAGAUAUAUGCGAAUCUUCCUCUGUACCACCAACUACUUACCUUCCUAUUAUCAGCCGGGCCCCGGCCCAUAAGCUCCAUGAUGGAGCUCGCCACCUUUAUCGCAAGCCGAUGCGAGCAGCUCCAAGCGCCAAGCUACCUAAACUUGUCGCUAUCAAUUCUUAUUCUCGUCGGCAUCCUCGUCUCCUACCUCCCCCAACACUACCGUAUCAUUGCGCGCGGCACCUCCGAAGGCAUAUCACCAUAUUUCAUCCUUCUCGGAACGACAUCCGGAACAAGCGCAUUUGCUAGCAUCCUUGUUCUGCCAGCAUCGAGAGCAGAUGUCGCAUGCUGCAAGACCGUGAGCUCGUUUGAGUGCUUCGCGGGAUUGCUCGGCAUCUUCCAGGUCGGCGUUCAAUGGUUUUGUUUUGCUAUUAUAUUACUCCUCUUCCUCAUAUUCUUCCCGAGAAACCCCGUCCUUCCACAAAGCACGACCGUCAAGGCGCCAACUUGGCGCACCGCUCUUGGCGUCGCAUUCUUAUGUCUUGCCCAUGGCCUACUAGUUAUAUUUGUUAGCGCGUGGUUUCAAUUCUCGCGGCCGAGUUAUCUGGGAACUCUGGCCAAUACUUUGGGCCUCAUGGCUGCAGGCCUGGCCUGUGUGCAAUACUUUCCACAGAUUUGGACGACAUUCCAACUAGGCCAUGUAGGGAGCUUGAGCAUUCCGAUGAUGGUCAUCCAAACUCCUGGUAGCUUUGUAUGGGCAGGCAGCCUUGCAGUAAGGCUCGGGACCGAGGGCUGGAGCAUCUGGGGAGUAUAUCUCGUGACUGGAUGCUUGCAAGGCUGCCUGUUGGUGAUGGGGAUAUACUUUGAACUGCAGGCAAGGAAAACAGGGACCAACUUAGAGUCAGAGGCAACGACGAGUCUUCUGGCUGAUAAUACACCGAGUCUUCAAAAUGAAUUUUUGGAAACCGAUGAUAAUGGAAAUACUGUGAUCGAAAGUGGAGGACUGACUGAAAGGACGCCGCUAUUAUCUAAGCAAUCCAACAAUAUUACAUAGGAUGGACUUAAAUGUUAGAGGCUCUGUAGCCGUAUAUAUUCAAGACUAUUGUUUAAAGCUAUAACGUAUUUCACAUACGAGUGGCGCACCAAAACACUAAAAUCUAACUAUUACUACUAC